UGCCCAUGGUGAUCAAUACCUGGAACUAUCCGGUUGCCAACGUUGAGGCCUGGAGAAUCCUUAAGCAGAGUCCGGGAGGAAUUGGACAAACGCGCAACGCCGUGGUGGAGGGCUGCACAGAGUGCGAGAAACAGCAAUGCGAACUGUAUGUCGGCUACGGAGGAACCCCCGACGAGCUCGGCGAGACCACUCUGGAUGCAAUGGUGAUGGAUGGCUCGAACAUGGAUGUGGGAGCUGUAGGGGGCUUGCGGCGCAUCAAGGAUGCUAUCAGGGUGGCACGAUUUGUCCUGGAGCACACACACCACAUCUUGUUGGUGGGAGAUGGCUCGGCCUUCGCUGUAGCCAUGGGGUUCGAGUCUGAAUCUCUGGUCACGCCCGAAACCGAGAGGAUGUGGCAGCAGUGGACAGCUAAGAAUUGCCAGCCGAACUUCUGGAGGAACGUUUAUCCAGAUCCUCAGAUAUCAUGCGGUCCUUAUAAGCCCAAGCCUACUCCCCUGACCCGCUUGACGGAGGAUCGGGACCGACACGAUUCCGAAAUCGGGCUUAAGGAUCACGAUACCAUCGGAAUGAUUGCCAUCGAUGUGGAGGGCAACAUUCAUGCGGGCACUUCCACCAACGGAAGGACCCACAAAAUAUCGGGACGUGUAGGAGACUCGCCGAUUCCUGGGGCCGGCGCGUAUGCGGACAACGAGGUGGGUGCCGCUGUGGAAACUGGCAACGGUGAUGUCUUGAUGCGUUUCCUGCCCAGCUUUCUGGCUGUGGAGGCUAUGCGAGCGGGAAAGACGCCUGCUGAAGCUUGCGAGGUGGGCAUACGUCGUAUUAUAAAGCACCACAAGGACUUCAGGGGUGCGGUAAUAGCGGUGGAUCGGCUAGGAAAUUAUGCUGCUUCGUGUUACGGAAUGCAGGAAUUCCCAUUUAUGGUCAGCAGUCCCGCAAGUGUAGAUCAGCCCACUCGGCUCGAGAAAGUGAAGUGCAUUGCGCCUCAAGAGAAAGGGAACGUUGUACCAUUACAACCAAGUUCAGGGUUAAAACCAAAUUGAAGUAUACUUUUCCAAAACUCUUAACUCAAGUAUUGUUUCAAAACAAAAACUAAAAAAAUAAGCAAGAAAUUUAAAUGUUACAUUGCUAACGCUCUAUUUCAGUGUUGGAAAAUGGGAGGUUUUAUUACCGGUUCAUCGGUGUGCCGGUUCAAUCUACAUAUAUAAAUACAUAUUUAUUAAAUAAGUGCAAUAUAUAGAAACAAACAAAAACAUUUAUAUUUUUCGUGCCCUGAAUAAUAAAAAAAAAACAUGAAUAUAUUAUGAAAUUUGUUUAAACGAGGGAAAACUGUACGUGUUUUGGUAUUUUUCGUUAUUACGGUCACAUUUUCCGCCAAAUCGGCGUCGGUUAUACAGAAGAGGAAAAGAGAAGGAAGAAGAGAGGAGACGGCCGAAAACAGAGAGUGCAAAACCAAGCAAAAAAGGCGGCUGCAAACAAUUUAUAUAUUUUUCGCUUGUGGGGCUAAGAAAAAAAGCCUUCAAAAUUAAUUCCAACACGCAACCAACGGGCCGCAAGACGCUGACCAAAAUGGCAAUUCAACUGGAUAAAAUUCUGGCGGACAUUGCCAAGGAGAAGGCCUUGCAUCCCAACAAUGGCGGAUCGAGCAAGCA